AUGGGGAGCUCAACCGAGUUGGCCCCAGCGUAUGUCGAUAGCGUCAUGGCACCCGAUACGGAUGCCCACCCCAAUGUCACCAACGGCAGUGGCGGUGCGUUUAAUGAACCACUGGUCCUGGACUUUGCAACCAUGCAAGAUGCUUCUGAUUCAAAUGCAAGGAGUGCCCCUCUUUCACCCGUCACUAGACCGGCUGAUCCCGAACGAAGAGAAAGUUGGCUUUCGGAUGACGAUACUGCUCCCGCUCCACAGAUAGACUUUACAAGAAAGGAUAUCCAUAUCCCUUCCCGCACCAGUUCCAGCACUCCUCAGGCCAACAAGAAGCGCAUAUCAUUGCAACGGCGACUGAGUGCAGAGCCAUCUUCGCCUAACAACGGACGUGUAACACCAGACAUGCAACAGACGCGUACCCGAAGUAUGUCACGCACAUCUAGUGCCGUGCCACAAAACAUACUGUCCUCACGAAUCCCCAUGAACGAACAGCCGACCACGAUACGAAGCUCAGCCGACUCAGUCAUAUCAUAUGAGUCCACCGCCCCGUCUUUCGCAACGCGACAACUGGGUCCUCUCCAGCAAAAAGCAGAUAUCAUCGAGGACGGAGACCGGCUAUCGCCAUUACUGGAAGAUGACCCCCAGUCAUUCGAUCUUGUCUGCGGACCUAUCGAGAACUCACGAUCACAAUAUUCUCUCGAGACCAGAUCCGAGCAACUCUUCUCCAGAGACCACCUGAAGGCCAUCUUCGCCGAUACUGCAUCGCUACUCCGAUUUACGUCAUUCCUGAGCAUCGCCCGACCCAACUCGCUUCCUACUCUAAUCUACUACCUCGACGCACUGAAAGCGCUACGAGCCAUCAGCUAUGCCAAUGCCGUCGCAGAAGCCCUGGAACCCAUUCAGGGCUUGGACUUCACCGAGACUCCAGCGCGGACGACCAUGAACGCAGUGUUGGAGGAAAAGGCCAAUCGGGCCUUUGACGUCCUGGUCCGUGACGAUCUUCCGGCUUUCAUCACCCACGUCUUCAUUCAAGUGGUUAGCGUGAGCAUUGCGAAACGCGUAACAGGAAAUUUACCUCCGAUGCUUCGUGAGGCUAGCGAGGGUCUGGCCGAAGUCUUCUGCCUGACAGACCCAUCUAGGACUGAUAACCCGAUCAUCUUUGCGUCGGAAGGCCCGAAGACGAAUCGGGCCAGUGUUGAGCGCUUUGGCACAGCGGCCCGCGAAGGCAAAGACCACAGCGAGGUGUUCCUGAACUAUCGCCGUGAUGGAUCGCCAUUUAUGAACCUUUUGAUGAUUGCGCCUCUUCUUGAUUCGCGGGGAACUCUACGAUACUUUAUUGGCGCGCAAAUCGACAUUUCUGGUCUCGUAAAGGACAGCACCGAUCUUGAGGCUUUCCGGCGCAUGCUCGAUGAGGAGGAGGGCCAGAAAGAGAAGGAGCCUCAGAAAGAUGAAUUCCAGGCGCUCAGUGAGAUGUUCAAUAACACCGAGUUGGACACGGUGCGCAAGUACGGCGGCAACAUGCAUAGGGAGCAUCUUGAAGAACAGGACGAUGCGAGCAUGCAGCACAAACCCAGACUGCUUAUCCAGGACCAAUCGACCUUUGACGUUGACAGGGCGGAGAAGCCAGCGAUCAACAAGGCAGACGGCAGGCUGUCUGGCCCAUACAAACACUACCUCGUUGUGCGCCCGGCGCCUUCCCUGCGUAUUCUCUUCACAUCUCCAUCUCUCCGUGUCCCCGGCAUUCUCCAGUCGCGUUUCCUCGAUCGCAUCGGCGGAAGUAACCGGGUCCGAGACUCCCUCAGCGACGCGCUUGCAGAUGGGUCUCGUGGUGUCACAGCGAAGAUCCGCUGGCUGCCGCACGCCGUAUCAGACCUCGAAGACUCUUACGAAGAGGGCCGACCCAGGUGGAUACACUGCACCCCUCUGCUCGGACAGAACGGGUCUGUGGGCGUCUGGAUGGUGGUGCUCGUUGACGAGAAGGAGCACUCUGCACCGCAUCGCAGAUUCCGCCAAGCACCGCCCAUCCCGAACGACAUCCGCGGCAACAGUUUAACGGGAGAAAGGCGACCCUACCAGACUCCUCGAUUCGAUGAGUAUGGCAACGAUACCAGUAGCCAGCGUACCCCCUCACGCGGAGCGUCUCCUUAUGCGAACGGCAAUGGCGUAUCCCGUCACUACGACAACUUGCGCAACCCUUCGACUCCGACGCGAGCGCAAAGCCCAAUGACUUAUGAUCAGCGUGGAAUCCGAUCAGGCGCGUCGUCGGUCAAAGACUACGUCAACGGGGCACAGGCUAGUGUUGAUUCUUUCCGCAUCUAG